UCUGAAAUAAAUAUAGUUAUGUAGGAUACGUAGAACUGUAAGCCAGACUUAGAGUUCCACACAAUUCCUCACGCUGUUUUGUUUUGUACCUUAUGUAAAGCUUCUUUGGAUCCUAGCAAACACCUAUAUACGUUUAAUGUAUUAUUAUUGUAUCGUUUAAACCGAAUUCUACGUUUCGUUAUUUCACGGGAAUAUACAGAGGACCCCUUGCGUAUGAGACAACACCCGAGAGAUGAGAUCGAAGAACAAGGAAUCUCCCGAAAUGAAAAAGGAUAUAGACUAGAUCUCUAUCCUUGAAGAAAAUCUAAGCUAUAUCAUUUUUAGAUCACUCGCAGAAAUGGGCAUCUAAUGAUGUAGACUUCUAAAAAUGAAGACUAGCAAAAAAGGGGAAUGGAUGUGUGCAUAUGCAAUUGCUUCUUGUGGGACAGCGCACAUAAAUAACGCUCAUUUCAAGGUUUAGAUCGUUACAUUGACAAGAUGAGCAGCAGCAGCGGUAAGCGAGAGAGGGAACAAAAGCAGAAACUGCAGCACUUCCUGACUGACCUGGCCUUGCUGGGAUCGCUGCAGGGUUUCCAGUACUUUCAACCAUGGCUAAGGGGAAGAGAGGAACUACUUCUUACCGUAGUCAAUGAGGACCUGGGUUGGCGCUCCCCUGGGUUUGCCGUGUCCGAAGCCUCCUCCUUCAGUAGCGGUUUGUCCUCCAGCAGCACCAGUAGCACCUUCAGCCUGGCUAGUGAUCCUGGCUCCCCCCUACCAGAGGACCCAGAGGGGCCCCAUCAGGCUCCGCAACCGAGGCAGCGCCACUCCCAGAGGCCUGACCAUCCUGGCCACACCGAGGACCAUCUCCUGCCAGCGUCCCCCAGUGAGAGGGAGAUUGCGGUGCCUGAAGUGAACUGCACUCUUUUCCUAUUGGCUGGCUACGCCAAGUACGGCCGCCCGUAUGCCUGGAUACGGUCCAAUCACGAGCGCCUGGUCAACAUUGGUGGCACCGAUUCGAUGGUGAAGGACACGCCUAUGAAACUCAAGUCCAUUACGGACUGGGGCUCCCAAGGAAUAAGAGUGUGGGAUAUCGUGAGUGAGCUGGUGUGUCUUUGCACCAUUCCAUCUCCCUCCAACCCCUUUGCCCUGGACAUGCGCUACCUGAAAAGCCUUCCACUCUCAGAGCGCUUCCUAGUCUCUGGAGCCCUGCUUAACUUUCUGGAGACAUAUGUUGUCUACGGCAACCGGGAUGAGCUGCACUACGAAAAAGUCCUAGAAGAGGUGAAGUCUCUGCGGCGACUCCACGUCCAGACCCUGUUGGAGGUCCAGAGACGACAGGGCAGUAUUGCCAAGCCAGUCCAACCCGCUGUAGCCGAGCCCUCGGAGAAAGACUGACCAGGAUGUUCCCCUGGAGUGGUUUUCUCAGUCAACACUGUGCGGGAUGGAGAGGAAAUAGUGGUUUCCAUAUUCCUCCAAGUCUCUGGGUCAGAAAAGCACAGUGACAUUUAUUUUUUCAAUAAGACCAGAAUGUUACCACAGUGAUAUUCAUAAGUGCACUAGAAAAACCAUGGACAAGUCCCCAUAGUCUGUCCUUGUUCCAGGACAUUUUCUUAUUUUUGGUACCCAGUGAAUGAAGUCCUAAUGAGCUGCUCAGUAGAGGUUGAAGGAUGGAGGGAGAUGAGCAGCUUCAAGGUAAGGAGGUUGGUGGAAUUAUCGGUUUCCAUAAUGAAUCGGUGUCUGCUCCACAGCUAAAGGGAAUUGUGAAUUUAUACUUUAAGUCAAAGAAGCAGUACUGAAUAAUUAAUCUUCUGCAGAGAUGAGAACAAUGUGCCAAAACCAAAACGGGAACCAUUGUCUAAACAUUGCUCUAAUCUGAAAGUGCCAGAGCCAAGAUCCUGAAGGGCACAUAUAAUGUAUGACACUCCAUUUUUGGGGACACUGUAAAUCCACCAUCUGUGAGUGAAGUGGAGGUGAAUGCCUGUUUUAAAUGAUGUUAUGACACACAAGAAUAAAACACCCUGAGAAAUAA